CCCUGCGCGCUGCGUUCCGGCUCCUCCCUCUCCCGCCUCCUGGUCCCCGCCAUGGUGCUGGAGUCGGUGGUCGCUGACUUGCUGAACCGCUUCCUAGGGGACUACGUGGAGAACCUGAACAAGUCCCAGCUAAAGCUGGGGAUCUGGGGCGGUAAUGUGGCUUUGGAUAAUCUGCAGAUAAAAGAAAAUGCUCUGAGUGAAUUGGACGUUCCUUUCAAAGUCAAGGCUGGCCAGAUAGAUAAAUUAACUUUGAAGAUUCCUUGGAAAAACCUUUAUGGAGAAGCAGUCGUUGCCACACUAGAAGGAUUAUACCUGCUUGUGGUCCCUGGAGCAAGUAUUAAGUAUGAUGCUGAGAAAGAAGAAAAAUCCUUGCAGGAUAUUAAACAGAAAGAACUUUGCCGAAUUGAAGAAGCCCUUCAAAAAGCAGCAGAGAAAGGCGCACACUCAGGGGAGUUCAUGUAUGGCUUGGAAAGCUUGCUUUACAAGGACGUCAAGCCUGGACGUAAGCGUAAAAAGCACAAAAAACAUUUUAAGAAACGUUUUAAAGGUCUUGAUCGCUCCAAAGAUAAGCCCAAAGAAGCAAAAAAGGAUACAUUUCUGGAAAAAUUGGCAACUCAAGUAAUAAAAAAUGUUCAAGUGAAAAUUACAGACAUUCACAUUAAGUAUGAAGAUGAUGUCACGGAUCCAGAAAGGCCGCUUUCAUUUGGUGUCACCCUGAGAGAAUUUAGUCUGUUGACAACUAAUGAACUCUGGACUCCAUGCAUUUUAAAUGAAGCAGAAAAAAUCAUAUAUAAGCUCGUGAAGCUAGACAGUCUCAGUGCCUAUUGGAAUGUCGGCUGCUGCAUGUCUUACCGUGGAUCGAGGGAGCACAUCUUGGAUAAACUGAAAUGUGAAAUUCUUACAAGUGCAAACAUCCCCCCAGACCAUCAGUACAUUUUCCAGCCAAUAUCAGCCUCUGCAAAACUCUACAUGAAUCCUGGUGCAGAAUCAGAACUCAAAACACCCAAACUUGAUGGGAACGUAGAGGUACAGAAUAUUGCCAUUGAGCUGACGAAGCCUCAGUAUUUAAGUAUGAUUGACUUUUUGGAGUCACUGGAUUAUAUGGUUAGAAAUGCACCAUACAGGAAGUACAAACCUUGCUUGCCACUUCACACCAACUGUCGGCAAUGGUGGAAAUACGCUAUUGAUUCUGUUCUUGAAGUUCAUAUAAGAAGAUAUACUCAACCGUGGUCAUGGAGUAACAUAAAAAGCCACAGGCAGUUACUCAAGAGUUACAAAAUGGCCUACAAAACCAAGUUAACACAAACCAAAGUCUCAGAAGAAAUACAGAAACAAAUACAGGACUUGGAGAAGAGUCUAGAUGUUUUUAACAUAAUUUUAGUGAGACAACAAGCACAAGUUGAGGUCAUUCAUUCUGGGCAGAAGUUAAGGAAAAAGUCUGCGGAGGCAGGAGAGAAACGUGGCUGGUUUAGUGGGUUUUGGGGCAAGAAAGACUCUAAGAAGAGAGAUGAGGAAUCCUCAGUCCCUGAGACCAUCGAUGACCUUAUGACUCCAGAGGAAAAAGACAAGCUCUUCACUGCCAUUGGGUACAGUGAGAACACCUACAACUUGGCUUUGCCCAAGCAGUAUGUGGCCCAUAUACUGACUCUGAAGUUGGUCAGCACCUCUAUUAUAAUAAGAGAAAACAGGAAUGUUCCAGAAAUCUUGAGAAUCCAGAUAAUUGGCUUGGGUACCCAAGUGUCCCAGCGACCAGGAGCACAAGCAUUGAAGAUAGAAGCAAAAUUAGAACACUGGUACGUCACAGGCUUGCGACAACAAGACAUUGUGCCAUCACUGGUGGCUUCCAUUGGUGACACUACAUCAUCCUUGCUCAAAAUUGAGUUUGAAACCAACCCCGAGAACAGUCCUGCUGACCAGACUCUGAUUGUUCAGUCUCAGCCUGUGGAGGUCAUCUAUGAUGCUAAAACUAUCAAUGCUGUUGUUGAAUUCUUUCAGUCAAAUAAGGGGUUGGAUCUUGAGCAAAUUACAUCAGCUACAUUGAUGAAGCUGGAAGAGAUUAAAGAGAGAACAGCUACAGGACUUACCCAUAUCAUUGAGACUCGGAAAGUUCUCGAUUUAAGGAUAAAUCUGAAGCCUUCUUAUCUGAUAAUUCCACAGACAGGUUUUCACCAUGAAAAGUCAAAUCUUCUCAUUUUAGAUUUUGGUACUUUUCAGCUCAAUAGUAAAGACCAAGGUGCACAGAAGACUACUAAUUCAUCCCUUGAAGAAAUAAUAGACAAGGCGUAUGACAAGUUUGAUGUGGAAAUAAAGAGUGUGCAGUUGCUCUUUGCAAAAGCAGAGGAAAAUUGGAAGAAGUGUAGAUUCCAGCAUCCAUCAACUAUGCAUAUACUGCAGCCAAUGGAUAUUCAUGUUGAGUUGGCCAAGGCAAUGGUGGAGAAGGAUGUUAGAAUGGCCAAAUUUAAAGUGUCAGGAGGACUGCCUUUGAUGCAUGUGAGGAUUUCUGACCAGAAGAUAAAAGAUGCGCUGUGUUUGAUUAACAGUAUACCUUUGCCACAGAAGUCAUCCACGCCGUCUCCAGAGAGACAGGUAGCCUCAAUUCCUGUUCUUUCAGGAGGGACGAAAGCUCUUCUUGGGACUUCACUGUUGCUGGAUGGAGUGGAAUCAGAGUCUGAUGAGGAGUACUUUGAUGCUGAGGACGGAGACUCACAGGCUGCUAGAACUGUCAAAGCCUCAGGACUGAAAAAAGCUGCUGAAGUUCCAAAUGAGGAGCUGGUUAGUCUCCUGCUCAAGUUUGAGAUUAAAGAGGUGGUUUUGGAGCUCACUAAACAACAGAAGGAAGAAGAGACAAUUCUAGUAUUUAAUGUCACUCAGUUAGGGACAGAAGCAACAAUGAGGACAUUUGACCUGACUGCGGUGUCCUAUUUGAGGAAAAUCAGCUUGGAUUACCAUGACAUUAAAGGAUCCAGAAAGAAGCCGAUUCACUUGAUUAGCUCUUCAGACAGGCCUGGAUUAGACCUUUUAAAAGUGGAGUACAUUAAGGUUGAUAGGAAUGGACCUAGUUUUCAAACUACUUUUGAGAAAACUGAACAAACUGUUAAGGUGGCCUUUUCAUCUUUGAAUCUGUUGCUACAAACACAAGCUCUUGUGUCUUCUCUUAACUACUUGACAACUGUCAUCCCAUCAGACAGUCAGAACACGGGUGUGGCCAAGGAGGUGCAGACCAUACCUGAGAAACAAAAGAACUCUCCCCUGCAGAAAGUGAUGGUGCCCUCCAGAGAUAGUGACGUGAUUGGCUUUAGGCUGUUUGCCAAACUGAACGCUUUCUCUGUCACGGUUUGUGAUGAAAAGAGCAAUAUUGCUGAAAUCAAGAUACAAGGCCUUGAUUCUUCUCUUUCUCUUCAAUCAAAGAAGCAGUCACUUUUUGCCAGGCUGGAAAACAUUAUUGUCACAGAUGUUGAUCCCAAAACAAUUCAUAAGAAAGCUGUGUCCAUAGUUGGGAAUGAAGUUUUUCGCUUUAACCUGGAUUUGUAUCCGGAUGCUACUGAAGGGGACUCCUACACUGACAUGUCCACCGUGGAUGGCGUGGUGGCACUGCACGUCGGCUGUAUUCAGAUUGUCUACCUUCAUAAAUUCCUAAUGUCACUGCUGAGCUUCCUGAACAAUUUCCAGGUGGCCAAGGAGACGCUGAGUGCAGCCACUGCCCAGGCUGCGGAAAAGGCGGCCACGAGCGUGAAGGAUCUCGCCCAGAGAAGCUUCCGUGUUUCUGUCGAUAUUGACUUGAAAGCACCGGUCAUUGUCAUUCCGCAGUCCUCUCUCUCCACUAAUGCUGUCGUGGUAGAUCUUGGGCUAAUUAGAGUUCACAAUCGGUUCAGUCUGAUAUCUGGAGAAGAUGCUGCAAAUCCUCCAGUGAUCGACAAAAUGGAGGUGCAGCUCACAAAACUGAAACUCUCUAGGACAGCAAUCCAGCCAGGCACCUCCCACCCUGAUAUUCAGCUGUUGCACCCAAUUAACUUGGAGUUUUUUGUAAGUCGGAAUCUAGCUGCGAAUUGGUACCAUAAAGUGCCUGUUGUAGAGAUUAAAGGGCGUCUUGAUUCAAUGAAUGUUAGUCUAAAUCAAGAGGAUCUUAAUCUUCUGUUUAGAAUACUGGCAGAAAAUCUUGGCGAGGCCACUGAAAGCUUGGAUAAAGGGAAACCCAGAAUACAAGAAAUAGAUUCACUCAGGUGGCUUCUGUACUGGUCUUUUCUCCAGGGAUUCUUCUUUCUGCCCACGUGGCUGGGAUCAGGUGAAACUAAAGCCUGCCGAGAAAUCUCUACUCCGCAGGAUGUGCACACCACACAAGGUGGGCCAGUAGCCAGAGUGGAGGAGACCAGACCUGUAGACAUCAUUAAUGUUCUGUUGAACUUCGAAAUUAAAGAGGUUGUGGUUACUUUGAUGAAAAAAGCAGAAAGGAAAGGAAGCCCCUUACAUGAACUAAAGAUCCUGCAUCUUGGGAUGGAAGCUAAAGUAAAAGCCCAUGACAUGACUGCUGAAGCAUACCUCAGAAACAUUACCAUGCGGUGUUUCGACUUCCCUGAUUCUAAAGGGGAGCCUCUGCACAUUGUCAACACCUCUGAUGUGUCUGAUGGAACCCUCCUGAAAAUGCUGUUCAUCAAGGCAGACAGUGAUGGACCAGACUUUAAGACCAUUCAUGAUAACACCAAACAGAAGCUGAAGGUUUCGUUUUCGUCCUUGGACUUGGUGCUUCAUUUGGAAGCUUUACUUUCCCUCAUGGAUUUUUUGUCAUCUGCUGUUCCAUCCUCUGACUCUUCCUCUGAGAAGGAAUCUGAGCUAAAGCCACUCGUGGGGGAAUCCAGAAGUCUUGCCAUCAAAGCUGUGCCCAGCUCUAAUGAGGGUGAUGUGUUUGAUUUGAAGAUCACAGCUGAAUUAAAUGCCUUUAACAUCUUCAUUUGUGAUCAGAAGAGUAACAUAGCAGAAAUUAAAAUACAUGGAAUGGAUGCCUCAAUUUCUGUGAAGCCAAAGCAGACUGAUGUAUUUGCCAGACUUAAGAAUAUCAUAGUUAUGAAUGUUGAUUCAUUGUCCAUUCACAAAAAGGCUGUCUCUAUUUUGGGAGAUGAAGUCUUCAGGUUCCAGAUGAGUCUGUAUCCAGAUGCCACAGAAGGAGAGAAUUAUGGUGAUAUGUCUAAAGUGGACGGUAGACUUAGUCUCAAAGUGGGCUGCAUUCAGAUCGUCUAUGUUCAUAAAUUCUUUAUGUCUCUCUUGAGCUUCCUCAACAAUUUUCAAGCUGCCAAGGAAGCCCUGAGCACAGCCACAGUCCAGGCUGCAGAGAGAGCAGCCUCCAGUGUGAAGGACCUGGCCCAGAAGAGCUUCCGGCUUCUGAUGGACGUCAAUUUGAAAGCACCUGUCAUCACCAUUCCCCAGUCUUCGGUGUCACCUAAUGUUGUGAUAGCAGAUCUGGGCUUGAUCAGAGUUGAGAACAAGUUUAGCUUGAUUUCUGUGGAGCAGCUCACUCUUCCCCCAGUGGCUGACAAGAUGAACAUCCAGCUCACGCAACUGAAACUCUCCAGAACUGUUUUACAAGCUGAUUCACCUCAGCAUGACAUUGAAAUCUUAAAACCAGUGAACAUGCUUUUGUCCAUACAACGGAAUUUGUCAGCAGCAUGGUACACACAGAUUCCAGGCAUGGAGAUAAAAGGCGAACUUAAGCCUAUGCAGGUUGCUCUCAGUCAAGAUGACUUGACAGUUUUAAUGAAAAUUCUGCUGGAAAACCUUGGGGAGGCUUCUUCACAACCAAGCCCUACACAAUAUGCACAGGAGGCUGCCCGGGUGAAGAGAGAUGCUCGGACUGGGCCUGACUAUCUUAAAGAACAAGAGCCAGGGGACCCAAAGCCCCCCGGGGACCAGACCGUCACUCUUCAGUUUGAUUUCCACUUUGACUCUCUUUCCAUCAUCCUUUACAACAGUGAUAACUGUCAGGAGUCCAGGCUUCCAUUUCAUAAUGACAGUUUCCGUUUGGGUGAGCUCACACUGCACCUGAUGGCUUCUGCUGGGAAGAUGUUCAAGGAUGGGUCUAUGAAUGUCAGCCUUAAACUUAAGACGUGCACGCUCGAUGAUCUCCGAGAAGGGAUCGAGAGAGCGACCUCCAGGAUGAUUGACAAAAAGAAUGACCAGGACAACAACAGUUCUAUGAUUGAUAUAAGUUAUAGCCAAGAUAAAAAUGGAAGCCAGGUCGAUGCUGUCCUUGACAAGCUGUACGUGUGCGCCAGUGUGGAGUUUCUGAUGACCGUGGCCGAUUUCUUCAUCAAAGCUAUGCCUCAGAGUCCAGAAAACAUAGCCAAAGAAAUACAGAUUCCAUCAAGACAGACUGCUGUGGGAAGAGUCAAGAUGGAGAAAGAUGAUGCUGUGAGGCCAAAUAUGACUCUGAAGGCCAUGAUCACAGACCCAGAAGUGGUGUUUGUUGCCAGCCUGACCAAGGCAGAUGCUCCUGCUCUCACUGCCUCAUUCCAGUGCAACCUCUCCCUCUCAACGUCCAAACUCGAGCAGAUGAUGGAAGCUUCUGUGAGAGACCUGAAAGUGCUGGCCUGCCCUUUCCUCAGAGAAAGGAGAGGGAAGAGCAUUACCACGGUGUUGCAACCUUGCUCCUUAUUUAUGGAAAAGUGCACAUGGGCUUCAGGGAAACAAAACAUAAAUAUUGUGGUUAAAGAAUUUGUAAUUAAGAUCUCACCUAUAAUCCUUAAUACUGUGAUGACAAUCAUGGCUGCUAUGUCUCUAAAGACCAAAGAAGAUGAAUGGAAAGACACUCCUAAGGAGACAGACAACCUCUGGGCUGUCAAAUCUAUUACUGAUUAUAACUCUUGGUUUCUUGGGGUUGACAUGGCAACAGAAGUAACAGAAAAUUUUAGAGACUUUGAACAUCCAUCAAUAGAGGAAAAUUGUGUGGUUGCUGUGGAGUCAGUUCAAGUCACCUUAGAGUGUGGCCUAGGGCAUCGCACUGUGCCCCUGUUAUUGGCAGAGUCCAAGUUCUCUGGAAAUAUUAAAAACUGGACUUCUCUAAUGGCCGCUGCUGCUGACAUGACACUAGAGGUUCACUAUUACAAUGAAACCCAUGCAGUCUGGGAGCCACUGAUUGAAAGAGUGGAGGGGAACAAACCGUGGAGCUUAAAACUUAAUGUAAAGAAGAACCCGAUCCAGGAUAAAAGUUUGAUGCCAGGAGAUGACUUUAUUCCUGAACCACAAACAGCAGUUCAUAUUUCUUCAGGAGCUACAAUGAAUAUCACAAUAUCCAAAAGCUGUCUUAAUGUUUUCAACAAUUUAGCAAAAGGUUUUUCUGAGGGAGCGGCUUCUACUUUUGACUACUCUCUGAAAGACAGGGCUCCUUUUACAGUCAAAAAUGCCCUGGGUGUCCCCAUGAAGGUGCAGCCCAAUCGUAACCUCAAGGUCAUGGGUUCCCCUGAGAAGAGUGACAUUUAUGACGUGGGUGCUGGUCAGCAUUUGGAGCUGGAAUACGCCAGCCUGGAACCUUCGCGUCAAGGGAAGCUGUCCAUCCUGAGCCGGCAGGAGAGCGCGCUCUUCACACUGACCUUCGUACCAUAUGGUUAUACAGAAGUGGCUAGUGUUCCUGUUGCCAGGCCUGGCCGACGAUUAUAUAAUGUGAGGAAUCCCAGUGCCAGCCGUUCGGAUUCCGUGUUGGUGCAGAUUGACGCAACAGAAGGCAAUAAGGUCGUCACUCUCCGCUCACCUCUGCAGAUUAAAAACCACUUCUCAAUAGCAUUUAUCAUCUACAAAUUUGUCAAGAAUGUUAAGCUGUUGGAGCGCAUUGGAAUAGCCAGACCCGAGGAAGAGUUCCAUGUCCCUUUGGAUUCCUAUAGAUGCCAGUUGUAUGUUCAGCCGGCUGGCGGCUUGGAGCAGCAGUACACACAGUCUUCCACCUACAUUUCCUGGAAGGAGGAGCUUCACCGCAGCAGGGAGGUCAGGUGCAUGCUGCAGUGUCCCGCAGUAGAAGUCAGCUUCUUACCGCUCAUCGUGAACACGGUCGCCCUGCCUGAUGAGCUGAGCUACAUCGGUGCCCAUGGGGAAGACUGGGAUCCAGCCUACGUCAUUCAUCUUUACCCGCCUCUCACCUUGCGGAACCUUCUCCCGUAUUCGCUAAGAUACUUACUUGAGGGAACUGCAGAAGCCCACGAGCUGGCAGAAGGCAGUUCUGCUGAUGUCCUGCACUCGCGGAUCAGCGGGGAGAUCAUAGAGCUCGUCCUGGUGAAAUACCUGGGCAAGAACUGGAAUGGACACUUCCGCAUCUGCGACACACUUCCCGAGUUCUUCCUCGUGUGCUUUUCCUCAGACACCGCGGAAGUGAUGACAGUUGACCUGUCAGUCCACGUCAGGCGAAUUGGCUGCCGAAUGGAGCUGUCUGUCUUUAGUCCCUAUUGGCUAAUCAACAAAACUUCUCGGGUUCUCCAGUAUCGCUCUGAGGAGAUACACGUUAAACACCCAGCCGAUUUCAGGGACAUCAUUUUAUUUUCUUUCAAGAAGAAGAACAUUUUUAGUAAAAACAAGGUACAGCUAAAAAUUUCAACCAGUGCCUGGUCCAGUGGUUUCUCACUGGACACUGUGGGCAGUUAUGGGUGUGUGAAGUGCCCUGCCACCAAUAUGGAAUACCUGGUCGGGGUUAGCAUCAAAAUGAGCAGUUUUAAUCUCUCACGAGUAGUCACUCUGACUCCCUUCUGUACUGUUGCAAAUCAGUCCUCUUUAGACCUAGAAGUUGGAGAGAUUGCUUCAGAUGGUUCCAUACCAACCAACAAAUGGCACUAUGUUGCUUCUUCAGAGUGCAUUCCAUUUUGGCCUGAAAAUCUGUCUGGCAAACUUUGUGUGAGAGUGGUGGGCUAUGAAGGCUCUUCCAAGCCAUUCUUUUACAACCGACAAGACAAUGGCACUUUAUUGAGCUUAGAAGAUCUGAAUGGAGGUAUCUUGGUGGACAUAAACACUGCUGAACACUCAACUGUCAUAACCUUCUCUGACUAUCAUGAGGGAUCUGCACCUGCUCUGAUAAUGAACCACACACAGUGGGAUGUACUCACAUAUAAACAGAGUGGGUCACAGGAGGAACUAGUAUUGCUGCCAGGAGAAACUCGACUCUUUGCCUGGGCAGAUCCCACUGGCACCAGGAAACUCAGUUGGAACUAUGCAGCUAACUUUGGGGAGCAUGAUCUCUUAAAGGAUGAGUGUGGUCAGUUUCCAUAUGAUGCAAACAUCCAGAUCCACUGGGUAUCCUUCCUUGAUGGGCGCCAGAGGGUUCUGCUUUUCACAGACGAUGUUGCUUUAGUUUCCAAAGCACUCCAAGCUGAAGAAAUGGAACAGGCCGAUCACGAAGUAGCCUUGUCGCUCCACAGCCUUGGGCUCUCUCUGGUUAACAAUGAAAACAAGCAGGAAGUCUCAUAUGUUGGAAUCACCAGCUCAGGUGUUGUUUGGGAGAUGAAGCCAAAACAGAAAUGGAAGCCAUUUAGUCAGAAGCAGAUAAUGUCUCUGGAACAGUCCUAUCAGAAGCGUCUUGCAUCACAAGACCGUGGCUGGAUUAAGCUGGACAGUAAUUUUGAGGUCAAUUUUGACAAAGUGCCGAUGGAAAUGCGCCUCCCUAUCCGGUGCCCCAUUAAACGGGACUUCUUAUCAGGGAUUCAGGUUGAGUUUAAGCAGUCUCCUCACCAGAGAAGCCUAAGGGCCCGGUUGUACUGGCUCCAGGUCGAUAAUCAAUUACCAGGCACAAUGUUCCCAGUUGUAUUUCAUCCUGUGGCUCCUCCUAAAUCCAUUGCUUUGGAUUCAGAACCCAAACCUUUCAUCGAUGUGAGUGUAAUUACGAGGUUCAACGAGUACAGUAAAGUCUUACAGUUCAAGUAUUUCAUGGUUCUCAUCCAGGAAAUGGCCUUAAAGGUUGAUCAGGGCUUCCUUGGAGCUGUUAUUACGCUGUUUACUCCCACAACUGAUCCUGAGGCUGAAAGAAAACGGACAAAGUUAAUCCAACAAGAUAUUGAUGCUCUCAACACAGAGUUGAUGGAGUCUUCAAUGACUGAUAUGUCAAUCCUGAGUUUCUUUGAACAUUUCCACAUUUCCCCUGUUAAGUUGCAUUUGAGUCUGUCUUUGGGAUCCGGAGGUGAGGACUCAGACAAAGAGAAACAGGAAAUGAUUGCAAUUCAUUCUGUGAACCUGCUGUUGAAAAGCAUAGGUGCCACUCUGACGGACGUGGAUGACCUCAUAUUCAAACUUGCUUACUAUGAGAUUCGCUAUCAGUUUUACAAGAGAGAUCAGCUCAUGUGGAGUGUUGUCAGACACUACAGUGAACAGUUCUUGAAGCAGAUGUAUGUGCUUGUAUUGGGUUUAGACGUGCUUGGAAACCCAUUUGGACUGAUCAGGGGCCUGUCGGAAGGAGUUGAAGCACUGUUCUACGAGCCCUUCCAGGGUGCUGUCCAAGGCCCUGAAGAAUUUGCUGAAGGAUUAGUGAUUGGGGUGAGAAGUCUCGUUGGACACACAGUAGGUGGUGCAGCGGGAGUCGUAUCUCGAAUCACUGGGUCGGUUGGGAAAGGCCUGGCAGCAAUUACAAUGGACAAAGAGUAUCAGCAGAAGAGAAGAGAGGAGAUGGGGCGACAGCCUAAAGAUUUUGGAGACAGUCUUGCCAGAGGAGGGAAGGGCUUCCUGCGUGGAGUUGUUGGUGGGGUGACUGGAAUAAUAACAAAGCCCGUGGAAGGUGCCAAGAAGGAGGGCGCUGCCGGCUUCUUCAAAGGCAUCGGGAAAGGGCUCGUGGGUGCUGUGGCGCGUCCGACUGGUGGGAUCAUAGAUAUGGCUAGCAGCACCUUCCAAGGCAUUCAGAGGGUAGCAGAAUCCACUGAGGAGGUGUCCAGCCUCCGUCCACCUCGCCUGAUCCAUGAAGAUGGAAUCAUCCGUCCAUAUGACAGGCAGGAAUCAGAGGGCUCCGACCUAUUAGAGAAUCAUAUCAAGAAGUUGGAGGGCGAGGCCUACCAGUUCCACUGUGCCGUUCCUGGGAACAAGAGGGCUGUCCUUAUGAUCACAAACAGGCGAGUACUGUUCAUAAAGGAGGUUGAAAUCCUAGGCCAUAUGUCUGUGGACUGGCAGUGUCCGUUUGAAGAUUUUGUGUGCCCUCCUGAAAUCCACGAAAAUCUGCUGAAGAUUUCAGUUAAGGAGCAGAGUCUGUUCCAUAAAAAAGACACUACCAGUCUAGGCCAUCUUCGGAAAAUUUACCUGAAGGAUCCCAUCACAGCCAAGAGAGCCUUUGAUGCCAUUGAGAGUGCACAGUCAGCAAGGCAGCAGCAGAAGCUCAUGAGGCAGUCUUCAGUUAAGCUCCUCAGGCCACAGGGGCCGUCUUGACCAUGGAUUCUACAAGGCUUCUGAGGGGGAAGCAGCCGCUUCAGAGGGCCUGCUGAAGUGAACAUUUCCAGCAAUUCCUUAGCUCUGGGUUUUGGUUUUUCUUUGUUUUUUGGUUUGGUUUUUUUUUUUGUUUGUUUUUGACUCUUAAUUUUGAGUCUUGGGAACUCUGGAUAUAUUAGGAGUCUACUGCUACAUGUGUAGGUCAGACCUCAAAGAAAUACCAUUUCAGCUUGGAGAGACUUCAUUAAUAUUAAAAUUGUGAAGCAAAGAGUGGUGGGCUUGUUUUUAAUUAGUCUUUACUGAAGAAAGGAGAUUUUAAAAUGAGUAGUAUUAUUUGAAAGGUUUUAUUCAGACAAAUAGUGGAUACUCUUGACAUUUGUUUAAAGGUAAUUUGUGCAAUAAUUGCACUAAGAGAACACUUUUGGUAAACCAGUCAGUUGACUGAAGAAAUGUACCUAAAGGAGAGGUGGUGCAUUUUCUAUGUUCAUUUUAUGAAAAUGUUAUUUUUCUUCUAGUAGGAUGAGUCUUACACGGGUGCUUUUCUUCUCCUUUCUAUCGAAUCUCAGAACAUGGGCGGUCUGGCAACUUUGGUGGGCAGCCCUGCACCGCUGUCUGUAGCGAGGCACCCACCAGAUGCCAGAGUGGGUACUUUCUGGGUGGCCUCAUGAGCACAAUGACAGAUUUCUGAGAAAUAGAAACUGAGAAAUUGCACUAUGAGCUCCUCAGCAUUCAGGAAUAUAUAAAAUACAAUAUUUUUUAUAUUUCCAGAGAUUUAUUUUAGAAUAUAAAAGACUGCAAAGGGCGCCAUAAAUAAACAUUUAAUUCUAAUGCAUACCUGUAAAUGUCUUUUAAAUACCUGUUAAGAAGAAUGAAAAAUCCCUACUUACUUUUUUGUGUAGGUUUUCUUCAAGGUCGGUACAGAGUUGGGAAACGGGUGUUCCCUGUAUGCAUCAAGCUGCUGUCCUUCCUCAUCUCCCUGACGCUUGUUAGGUCAGGGCUGCCCGUUGGCAGGCCAGGCUAGGCAGAUGGCACGGGCUGCCUGUUACUCUGAGGGGUUUUAUUUCCUUGGGUGGACCUUUAGUGUUGUUCAGGGUGUUGACCAUGGCACUGAGUUAAAGCGCACAGUCAGCAAUAAAAUGAAGAAGGUAUGGAUGCUCUGCUUGUCUUGCUCUGCCUUUGUUGAUGUGGGUCCUCCUUCUACCCUCAAUGCCAGUCACACUUUUAAGAUUGCACAGGAAGAGUUCUUAGCUCCCCACUGCUGCUUCAUGUUUCUCUAAGGGAGAGUACAGAAAUCAGUGUCUGAUUUUUAGUAGUUGUUAGAUUUUUAAUUCAAUUCCUUCCUUUCUUUUCAUCACUAUGCCCCCCAUCUCCAGUUCCUUUUUUCCUUCCUUCCUUCCUUCCUUCCUUCCUUCCUUCCUUCCUUCCU